ACAGAAGCCAUUGUGCCCAGCAGUGGACUCAAGACCAGUAGACCUCGGCGAACCUUUGCUCUUGACCACCCACAGACUUUCGGAACCGUGGCAGCAGUAACAGCAGCCCCGGCAGAACUGCUCAUCAUUGGCUGGUACAUCUUCCGAGUGCUGCUGCAUGGGUUCAGGUACUCCUUGCAGAAGCUGGCGCACACGGUGUCCUGGACUGGGCAGCAGGUGCUGGGGGACAGCAGGCAGCGAGCCCCCAACUGAGGCCCCAGCUCCCAGGCCUGGGCAGCUAUGUCAUCAGGUGUUCCUGUACUUCUCACCCAGCAUGGGAGCCAGUGCAGUGCAGGAAUGGGGGGGGGGGUCCCCUGUGCUCCUUCAUCAGAAGAGCACUUGCCAAGGUCAGUGAGAGGCCGGUAGGCCCCCCAGAAAAGCAGCACCAGACAAUGAUGAAGAUAUCAGUUCCCUUCCCAGCCCCUUUGUCCCUGUUCUACUACCGGCCGGUGGGAGAGGAAGGGGGGAGAGGGGAGCAACCCUCGAGAUAUGAGCAUAGGCACCACAUUCUGAUCGGACCAAGUCUGAACACUCCCAUCUCAGCCGGGCAAGAUCCUACCGUGGAGAUCCAACACCCCACCAACCAACAGAAUGGACAUUCUGACAUCACCAGCUGAAGCCCUGAAUCUCAGUGCAAAAGAGAAAGUGCCAACUGCAUGCAGCAUGGUGGGAGUGGAGGGCGUGGGUGGUGGAGGAAGAGGGUUAAGAAAGCUAGUGAGGCCCUCUUGCUGUCCCUUGCCUAUGGCACACAUAUUCCUGCCUUGCUCCCUCAUACUCUCUUUCCCCUGCCUUCCAAAGCCCUUCCCAAAGUCUGUCACUGGAUUCGGACAUAUCCAACCCGUAAUUGAAUCCCACCUUUACCAAAACGCCGUCUCUGACCCGGGGCCCUUCACUGAUCUUGCUUCUUCCUGGUGGCACGCAGCAGUUGUGGUCAGUAUUGUGGUAGUUGUUAAUUGUACUGAUUUAAGUGUGCAUUAGUUGUGUCUCCUGAGCUAGAUUGUAAGCUCCUGGAGACAAGGACCACCUCCACAAAAACAAAAACAAAAACAAACAAACAAACAAACAAAACGGACCUCUCCUGUCUUGUACAGUGUC